AUGUCUACCACGCCGACACAACUCUCACCUUUAAAGGCAUCUAAAGUGCGCGCAGAAGUCCCUUACGUUCUCACUCCUCUGCGACAACGCCGUACACGCCCGUCGUUCUCGCCGAUCAAGACACCUCGAGAGAGGUCGACACAAACCCACAAACCAUCGCUAAGCUUCACCUUCGGCCAGGGUGAACAGGUCUCUACAUCUCCCCUUGCGUCUGCCGCGACAGCAGCACUGGAAUUUGAAGAUUUCAAUUUCUGGGACAGCGAGGGGUUUCUGACUGGUAGAGAUGUCACUGAUGACCAGCGUGCUGCUCUCCAUGAGCUCCUGAAGGAAAAAUACAAUGCAACAGAGUUUCUUGAGUCAUUCCCUUUUCUCAUCAUUGGAUGCCAAGGUGGUCCACCAGACGAGGAUAAUCGACCAUUUUCAGUAGCUGGAGCUAUUGCCAUCUGGAGAGAUGCCAAAGAAUUCAACUUCAAUCCCCUUGUCGGAGACCUUGGGCAAGGCGACCACAUUGAAGUUAGCGAUGCUAUUCUAGACCAGAUCGUCCCUCUUCAAGUACCUUCAAAGGAUAUCAUUCUUCAUCUUGCUAAUCUCUGGCCUGAGUGUCAAGCAAUCUGUAUCUUAUGGACGAUGCUUGUCGUUGAGCUGCCUCUUGUCAGUAAAGAGGAGCAUUUUAAUCGACUACAAAGCCUUCCCUGCGAUAUCGACGGUUGCUUCCUUAUCCUCAGGUUUAAUAAUGGGCCGUUGCCGAACUCGGAGAGGAAAAGGGCUCGAGAAGUAAAGCCCAACCCCAAGAUGUAUGAGAACCAGAUCUGUGAUGAGACCGAUUAUGUGAGCUUGGACAAGAAGUUUUACCCAGGAACUAUGAUCGGCUCGACCGAUCAGCAUGGGAGUCUCUACUCGGCGGUGACAGCUGGUAUUCUAGUCGAGAAGGAGGGUGAAAGGCGUCUUACCUGCUCUUUUCAUUGUUGGCAGAAGCAUUACGAAAAGUACCCAGAACAAUUUGGCAAUUCCGAUGCUACAGCAACGUCGACCUUUGAGGUCUUGCAGGGUAGCAAUCCAGGCACUACAGUUGGAUUUGUCCGAGAACGAGUUGGUGAAAGCGACAUCGCCUUGGCUCAGCUACACGAUGGUGUCGUAUUUGAGAACAAGUUCAUGGAGAUCGAAGCAGCACCCAAGAAGUUUCUCAAGUCCGCUGAUCACAAUGUUGGUGAUCUUUUCCUUUUCGAUUCAUUCGCCGUAGGAACGCAAACUGUAUCCUGCCUUGGACGACGAUUUACUACCGGCUGGAAGGAGGACAAGCCUCACCCUGACCUUGUCGCGCCAGAAGGGCCAGCCGAUGGGGUCAAGUACAUUGCUUUUGAGCAAGGCGCUUUUGUCACAAACGCGCCCGAAAUCACCAAGAAGCCCCAAAUCCGUGAUAGUGUCUGCGGUUCUGUGCUUCUACGAUGUCGCAACAAGUCUCUGGGUCACAAAAGGCGUCAGACUCGACAGCAGACAGCAGAAGAUGGUGAAGUCGGUAGCAUGCUGCAUCUAGCCGAUCUUCAGUUCAGGAACAGCGACGACCAAAUCGACAGAUUCAUCCUGUAUGCUGACUCAUUUGAUCCUUUGAUUGAAGCUGGAUGGACGAUCGUUCAGGAAGAUGGUAAUGGGGGUGAGGAUACGGAGGCUGUUGAGCAAGCUAUGGAAGAAGACUCACCAUCGAAGAAGCGAAAGACUCGAAGCAGUUUCGACUAG